AUCAGUGCCCAGCAGUGCCACCCACCAUUUCCGCCCACCUGUGCCCAGCAGUGCAUCCACCUUUGCCUAGCAGUGCACCCUCUUGUGCCCAGCAGUGCACCCACCUGUGCCACCCAGCAGUGCCACACACCUGUGCUCAGAAGUGCCACCUACCUGUGCCCAGCAGUGCCACCCACAUGUGCCCACCCACAUGUGCCCACCAGUGCCACCCACCUGUGCCCACCAGUGCCCAUCAGUGCAGCCCAGCAGUGCUGCCAUCAAUGCCUAGCAGUGCCGCCAGUCAGUGCCACCUAUCAGAGCUAUCAGUGCCACCUAUCAGUGCCGCCUAUCCGU